AUGAAUCGGGAGAUGACAAGAGGCAGGGCACAAGACAAGGCUGCUGUGAAGCCCAUUCGGCAACCAUCCAAGACAAGGGAUUUCAAGGUCUCGCCAUCAUUUGUGUGUGCAUUUCCGGGCUCAGACCAAGGCAAGAUUCGUGAUACUUUUUCAUCCGUGGGUUCCACCGCUAACAAGCAGGGACGAGGUAAAGCCAACGCGAAGAACGAGAUUACGCAGAUCAAGCCAUCCAAACCAGUAGCACGUGCCGUCAGCUUUGUGGCGCAAUCUGACAAGGUUGACGUUUUGAGCCUUGAUGACUAUUCUGAUCAAGAGCGUGAAGCAUACUGGUACACCAAAACGGAACUAAGGUCUAUUAGGAUCCAACGCUAUGCCAAACCAAACAGUAGUUUGAGCAAUCGGUCGAGAUCUCUAUCAGUCAACACGAAGUGCCAAAGAUGGAAUGCUUGA